AUGCCCCACAAGGGUCCUAGUGCCACCCCACGAAGGAAAAAACGAGGGGAUCCGCUCACCUCCUCCCCUACAGUGGCAGACAUGUUCGCGGCUUCCAACACCACCCAGGCCGCACAAGAUGGCCGCCGGACGGGCACACGAGACUCCCCACCUACAGGCACAGACAGGGGACAGCCCGGACAGACUGGCGACACCACCACGCAAAUCCUCCAGCAGUUAACAGAGGUAAAAAUGUUUCUGGAGGGGGAGAUCACACGCAGCACCCUAAACAUUAAGGCAGAGAUCCAGGCCCUGGGCGCCCGCACGGCAGAACUAGAACAGCGCAUGGAAACACUAGUACAAGGCCACAACUCUGUAAUAAAACACUCCACAUCCCUGAAUCAGCACCUUAGUGAAUUAGAAAUGCAAGUGGAGGACCUCUCCAAUCGCACCAGGCGAAACAACCUCCGAGUCAGGGGAUAGCCGGAAGCACCACAGGAAGGCCCCUUGGCGCCCAUUAUGGAGGCAUACUUCAGCAACCUACUACCAGAAAUACCCAAGGCUCGGUGGGCGAUGGACCGGGCACACAGGGCUCUGCGUGCCCGGCGCCCGAACACAGAUGCGCCACGGGACAUAAUAAUAUGCUUCCAUUACUUUUCAACUAAGGAAGCUCUAUUGAGACACAAUAGACACCAUGACUUCACCUAUAAGGGCAAAUCCAUAUCCCUAUUCCAGGACCUGGCCCCGAGCACGCUGCAAAAACGGAGGGAGUGGAGGCCAUUGACGGAUAUACUACUGCAAAAUGAAAUCCGCUUCACCUGGGGCCACCCUUUUAAAAUUGUGGCCUUCAAAGCGGGGAAGACAAUCACCUACCUACCGGGAGGAGACCUAAGAAAAAUUCCUCCGGGAUCUGGACAUCACACCGCCGCGAGAGUUCGCUCUACCGGGACCGGCUCGACCGGUUCUCACACCCCUCCCAAGGGACUGGUACACGGUCACAGCACAAGCGGAGAGAGAGACCUGAAACCUGCAGCUGGACUAAACGGCCAUGAGGCUCAAGGCAGCAAGCUCCACACGCCGGAUAGAUAA